AUGACUGUCUUUGUCGCGUCGCUCUUUUUACCCUACACGGUAAACUUUCAUGUUACCAAGUCCCGCAACAGUGUUGCGUCUCAAGUUCCUCCCGCGGCGGCCAAUCCUGUGAUUCCCGUGAACGAUCCAGUAACUCCGCCCAUAAGCACGCCGACGAGUUUAUUCGAGAAGAAAACACCCACAACACAACCAGGCCUCACCCCGGGUGCGACAACAGACCAUGAGCGCAUAUUUGCCAAUGAUGUAGCCAAGGCCGAGGAGCAACACUCAGGAUAUCCGUUUCCAGCAGCAUCCACUCCACCGACGGGCAAUCAGAUCUUCACGGAGAGUGAAGCCCAUUCUCCAGCCUGGGGUUCGACUAAUUCUCUCACUCAACCAAGGCGGAAGACUCUUGUGUCUCCGUCUCCAUCCAUCCUCAAGCACCAAGAGCCUAUCGUGCCAACCAAAGCACCCAAACCUACUCCCCUCCCAAAAAUCCCGGAAACCGAACCACAAGUCACUCCGCACACAGGCACAGGCCUGAGGAAGAAUGGAUCCCUGAGUCGGAAAAUAUCAUUUUCUCGUGCGGAAUGGACAAUUCAAACAGCGGAACAAGGCAACGGUGGCUUGCGCAAUGCCGUUCGCUCUGCCAAGGAUUCGGGAUAUUUGAGCGAGAUGAUGUGGGUUGGUACAUCAGGCAUGCCCACUGAUGUCCUAGCAGACAAUACUCGCCAAGACAUUGCGGAGAAGCUGGAAAAAGAGUAUGACUCGUUGACCGUGUUUGUACACGACGGCGAUUUUGAUGGUCAUUAUACCCACUUUUGCAAGACCAUCCUCUGGCCUGUGUUUCACUAUCAGAUCCCCGAUAAUCCCAAGAGCAAAGCCUAUGAAGAUCAUUCGUGGAUUUAUUAUGUGAAGCUUAAUCAGGCAUUCGCGGACCGUAUCGCUAAGCACUGGAAACGCGGCGAUUCGAUUUGGGUCCAGGAUUACCACCUGUUACUUGUCCCCGCCAUGUUGCGCAAACUGCUUCCCGAUGCUCAGAUCGGUUUCUUUUUGCAUAUUGCAUUCCCUUCAUCUGAGGUCUUCAAGUGCCUAGCUCCACGCAAGGAGCUGCUCGAAGGUAUUCUCGGUGCCAAUUUGAUUGGUUUCCAGACCAAAGAGUACUGUCGGCAUUUCCUGCAGACAUGCAGUCGAAUUCUGUGUGUGGAGGCAACCAAUGAAGGCAUUCAGACAGAGGAUCGCUUCAUCAAUGUGGGCACCUUCCCAAUUGGCAUCGAUCCUACCUCUUGGGAUAAGCGCCGUCAUACCGCCGACGUAGAACAGUGGGUUGAUAUCAUUUCGGAACGAUACCGAGGCAAGCGAUUGAUCGUAGCCCGCGACAAAAUUGACUCGGUGCGGGGUAUUCGCCAAAAGCUGCUCAGUUAUGAACUGUUCCUCAAUACAUACCCGGAAUGGGCCGACAAGGUAGUCUUGAUUCAGGUUGCGACCAGCACUACAGAGCAACCCGAGCUGGAGGCUACGGUAUCUGAUAUCGCUAUGCGAAUCAACUCUACUCAUUCAACACUGGCUCACCAACCCUUGGUUUUCUUAAAACAGGACCUUGCAUUCUCACAAUACCUCGCUCUUAUUACAGUGGCGGAUGCUUUGAUGAUCACAAGUCUUCGUGAGGGUAUGAACCUGACCAGCCAUGAAUUCGUGUACUGCCAAGAUGGUAGCUACGGUGACAAGAAAUAUGGUUCUCUCAUUCUUAGCGAGUUUACUGGCAGUGCUUCUGUGUUCGGGAACCAUGCCCUUCUCGUGAACCCUUGGGACUACCGACAAUGUUCAGAAGCCAUUCACACAGCACUCACCAGAACCGAGGAAAAACGCAAGGAGGUAUGGGACGCGCUUCACGGCGCUGUUCUACAAAAUUCCACUGGCAACUGGGUCAAAUCAUUCAAUGAAUCUUUGAAACAUGUUUGGGAUGAACAGUCCUCGCGAGAGAUCAUGGCUGUCCCUCGACUCUCUGUUCCCCGGCUGAUUGAGCAAUACCGGCAGACCAAGCGCCGACUCAUGAUUAUCGACUACGAGGGUACUCUCGCCUCUUGGGGAUCCCCACAAAGCAUCAUUCUUACAACCCCUCAACGUGCAAUUACGUCACUGACCGAACUCACCGAUGACCCGGCUAAUAUAGUUUAUGUGAUGAGCUCACGCAUGCCGGAGGAAAUGGAGCGGCUGUUCCGCCAGGUCAAUAACUUAGGACUAAUAGCUGAGAAUGGCUGUUUUGUCCGUGAACCUCAGUCCGACGAAUGGACUCGACUUGCAAAGAAGACUCACAUUCAGAGUUGGAAGAUGUCCGUCCUCAACAUUCUAAACUACUUCAAAGACCGAACCGAGGGCAGCUGGAUCGAAGAACGCCAUUGCUCGCUUGUAUUCCAUUACGGAUCUGCCGAGGAUCGCCCUGGUGCUGGACGUCUUGCUGCAGAGUGCGCGGACCAUAUCAACGAUGCAUGUGCUAGUUACGGCGUCCAUGCUAUUCCAGUCGAAGGAGCCUUAAUCGUGGAACUUGUGAGCACCAGUAAAGCAUCAGCUGCAGAGCAUGUCUGGCGAUGGUGCUUGGAGUCUUCUGAACAACAAGAAGAUGUCACAAAGCCAGAUUUCCUCCUGGUCAUUGGUGACAACCGUGAAGAUGAGCCUGUGUUCCGCUGGGCCAACAAAUUGCAAAAGGCUAAUGGCGUCGAUUAUGCCAUGACAGUCACCCUAGGGUCGCGGAGUACAGAGGCUCAGGCGACAUUGACACAGGGAGUAACAGGUGUAUUGUCUUGCUUGCAACAACUAACUGCUCCGUUGAAGCCUGAAGCUCAGCAGGGCUCGACAAUUGGCGACGUCUAA